AUUUACUUCCUUCAGCACUGUUGAAUUGAAGGUUAGGUGAUGAUUUAUCAGAAAGUGUAGCAGGAAAAAACUUGUCAUCAUUGCUAAGACAGCAGCUAUUGGCUAACUACAUGUUUCUGGCUAGAAGGGAGCAGGACAGGAGAGAGGGGUGGACAUGCUUAUGAAGCUUCAGCUCUCCCUGUCGGUCAUUCUGCUGCUUGCCUGUGGCUUCCUCUACAAGUUCACCCUGAAGUCCAGCUGCCUCUUCCCCCACCUGCCUCCCUACAAGUCCCAGCAGGGGCUGGAAGCCCUCCUGGGCCGUGGGCGCAGCAUCGUGUUCCUAGAGACCUCAGAGAGAAUGGAGCUAUCCCCGCUGAUCUCCUGUGCUGUGGAGUCUGCGGCCAAGGUCUACGCUGAGCAGCCUGUGCUGUUACUUAUGAAAGGGCUCAACAAUUCCAUGCAGCUGCCCCCAAACUCCACUUCCCCAGCCCUUUCCCUCCUCUCGGCAAUAGACAAUGUUUUCCUCUUCCCUUUGGAUAUGAAAAGCCUGUUUGAAGACACACCGUUGUUUUCGUGGUACACUCAAAUCAACAGCAGCGCAGAGAGAUACUGGCUCCACGUCAGUUCAGAUGCAUCCCGCCUGGCCUUCAUCUGGAAGUACGGCGGUGUCUACAUGGAUACUGAUGUCAUCUCCAUCAGACCCAUCCCCGAGGACAACUUUCUGGCUGCGCAGACAUCUCAGUUCUCCAGUAAUGGGGUGUUUGGAUUCCUCCCCCACCACCCUUUCCUGUGGCAGUGCAUGGAAAACUUUGUGGAAAAUUACAAUUCAGAUAUUUGGGGCCACCAGGGUCCCGAAUUGAUGACAAGGAUUUUGAGAGUAUGGUGCAAACUCAGAGACUUCCAGGAGGUGAGCGACCUCAAGUGUUUAAAUUUCUCCUUCUUACACCCCCAAAGAUUUUAUCCCAUCUCCUAUGUAGCAUGGAGGCGCUACUAUGAAGCCUGGGACACAGAGCCGAGCUUCAACGACUCCUACGCACUGCAUCUGUGGAACUACAUGAACCAGGAAGGGAGGGCUGUGGUCAGAGGAAGCAACACGCUGGUGGAAAAUCUCUACCGUAAGCACUGUCCCAAGUCUUAUAGGGACCUGCUUCAAGGUCCAGAGAGCUCGGUGACUGGGGAGCGGGGCCCAGGUAACAAAUAGAGCCAAUGUUGGGUCGUUGGUGCUACAUCGUGGAACUGGCCACUUCCUGGAGUGCCAGGCUUUCACCUGAUCUCCACUUCCCCUAGGUGUGCGGACGCUCACCCACAAAUCAGUUACAGUUACAAUUUUCCACAUCAUUCCACCAAAAAACUAUUAGAACUAGUAAAGGAAUUCAGUAAAGUGACAGUCAAUACGCAAAAAACAGCUGCAUUUCUAACCACUAAUAAUGAACCAUCAAAAAGAAAAAGAAAACAAUCCGAAUGACAUCUGCAUCAAAAAGAACAAAACACCUAGGAAUAAGUUUAACCAAGGAUGUGAAAGGCCUGCACAUUGAAAACUUUAGGACAUUGAUGAAGAAAUUGAAGAAGAUACAAGGAAAUAGAAAGAUAUCACAUGCUCAUGGGUUGGAAGGAUGAAUAUUGUUAAAAUGUCCAUUCUACCCAGAGCAAUGUACACACUGAAAGCAAUCCCUACCAAAAUUCCAAUGGCAUAUUUCUCAGAAAUAGAGCAAAGGAUCCUAAUAUUUGUGUGGAACAACAAAGGACCAGGAAUAGACAAAGCGAUUCUCAGAAAGGAGAACAGGCUGGUGGCAUCUCGCUCCCUGACCUCAAACAAUAUUACAAAGCUACAGUAACCAAAACAGUUGUGUGGUCCUGGCACAAAAACAGACACACGGACCAGAUGAACAGAACAGAGAGCUCAGAAAUAAAUCUACACGGGUGUGAUCAGUUUAUUUACGACAAAAGGGCCAAGAACAUACAACAGGGAAAGGGCAGUCCCCUCAAUAAACAGCACCAGGAAAGCUGGACACCACACACCAAAGAACCACACUGGACACAGUCUACACUGCACACAACAGGGACUAAAACCCCACAGUUUUCUACAUCAAGACCUUUCUCUCCUGGGUCCUCUGAAGAGGGAUCCGCCCAGCCCCCAGCAGUCAGUCGUACACAGGAAGUUUCUCCCCACUUUUCCUCACUUCUCUUCACUUUUUUCCUCACCGUUCUCUCCCAGUGGGACCUCCCUGGGACGGUCCUGAGAAAACUGUGCUCCUGUCCUCAUGGAUGCAGCCCAGUGUUGUCCUCAAGCUGAAACCCCAGCGGGUUCUAAGGAGACUGAGCACUGACAGCUACGUUGCCGUCCCUGUCCGGAAGCCAAAGUCCUACAGGUGCCGGAGGAGGUGGAGCUCCUGGUAGCUGAGCGAGGAUGAAACUCUCACGUGCUCCGUGUCAUAGAGGCGGGAUCAGCGCCUCCUGCUGGCAGGGGUGGGGACGUGCAGGUAGCGCAUGUCAGUAAGAGUGGGCUUUCUGUGAGUAUAAUAGAAAAAUCCCAAAGAAGACCGUUGACGUAGAAGUAUAGAAGUUCAUUUCUCUCUCACGUAAAAGUAGUCUGAAAGCAGGCAGAUCAGGGCGGGUAUGGUCACUGCAGUCAUCAGGGACCUAGGCUUCUUCCAUCUUUCUGUUUGCCAUCCUGCCCAUGGUCCAUAUGGCAGCUUGAUCUCCAGCCCAUCAUUUCUGCAUUUCAGGCAGCAGGACGAAGGAAAGAGGAAAGGUGCACUUCCCUUAUUUUAUGAAGACUUCCUGCGAGUACCAUAUAACACUUCCUCUUACAUCUCAUUGACCAGAAUGCAGCUGCAGGAGAGGCUGGGACAUUCAAGAAGGAAGAGAAAAUGGGUGUUAGGAUAGGCAGCUAAUGGUUUUGCUACGUGUUAUAUUUACUUUUGUAAGGUUAAUUACAGGAUCUGUUAGAGAACUGGCUGGGGAAAAAAGAGACUUGAUUUCUAGUCCUGAAUUUGAUACUCAUUAAAACAUUCAGUCAGUAAUAUUAAUUGAGUCCCUUCCGUGUGCCAAGCACUGAUUUAGAUGCUGCUGGAUCAAGCAGACAAGGUUCUGUCUAAAUCAGCUUGGGCUGCAAUAACAAAGUACUAUUCACCAGGUGGUUUAUAAACAACAAUAAUUUAUUUGUCACAGUUCUGGAGGCUGGAAGUCCAAGAUCAGGUUGGCAGCAUGGUUGGGUUCUAGUGAGGAUCCACUUCUGAGUGGCAGAUGGCACACUUCUUGUUGAAUCCUCAUAUGGUGGAAAGCGGCAAGAAAGCUCUCUGGGGUCGCUUUUAUAGGGGAACUAAUCCCAUUCAUGAGGGUUCCACCCUCACGUCCUAAACCUCCUAAAGGCCCCACUUCCUAAUAUCAUCACUUUGGGGGUAGGACUUCAACAUCUGAAUUUGGGGGGGGACACAAACAUUCAGUCCAUUGCAGGUCCCUAGUACUUACAUCUUAAUAACUGGCCACAUCCCGCCUGGGAUAGUGUCCUCUGCUCCCCAGGGUGUCUGCUAUUCCCUACUCUACCCCAGUUGGCUUAUAAAAGCAAAUUACAAAUUCAAAUUUUAAAAACUGCUGGCCCUUCUACAGUCACAUAAAAGUUUACCUCCUCUUUCUAGGAGGUAUGAGAAUUAAUAUUUCUUCUACAGAUACUCAUCAACCAAGAUUUUCUAGAACUUUCUUUUUGGUAGCUGCUUUAACGGAAACAUAAGUUUAUAUUUUUCUCCAUAUAUAAAAUUAUGAUGCUUUUUCAAAUGACAUCCACCCAUCCCCUUUCAUUCUGAUAUUUCCCCCUUUGAGAAUCACUGUUCUGACUGUCUCAUUAAAAACUACCUGCAAGUCAUGUCUCCUGCCCCAGCUUUAUUUAUUCCCAGCUACUUGCUCUGGAUUCUUAGGUCCAGCCUGACCCCAGAGUGAGACUUUGAGGCCUGCUGCUACUCCCCAUGGCUGCCCUCUGACCUGUGUCCCCAGAACCCCUGCUGGGUUUCAGCUCACCUGAGUCUCUCCACAGGUGAGGCUUCCUAGGGCUAGCCCUCUGAGGGAGGAGCAGGGUCACACACGCUGGAUCUAAUUUCCACAUCUGGAGAAUGCAUGACAAAUGGUCCUGCAACUAACAUUCCCAGUCCCUAGGGUUUGGAAGGGUUUAAUUAGAAACAUUUUCAAUAUUUCAAAAAUAUAUGAACUGUUUUAUGAUGAGACCAAAUAAGUCAACCUGAAUGUCACAUUUCUUUAUGCUGGGGUGUGAUUAUAUGAAUUCACUGUGGCAAUAUUGAUAAUUUGACAUUUGUAGGGAGUUUUACAUGGCAGCAAAAUGUUUCUGAUUAAUAAAAUGUGGGGAAUAAGUUAAUAAUGUAUUACUUAAUAAAUGCAGUUUGUUAAGUAGAAAAGAAUAUUUCAAAACUUGGUGGUGCUGGGAAAAAAUGCAUAGACUAAAACGUAUAUGAUUAAAAAAAAUAAGCACUAGAGAUGUAAUGUACAACAUGAUGACUAUAACUAACACUGCUGUGUGAUAUAUAGGACAGUUGUUAAGAGAAUAAAUCCUAGGGCUUCCCUGGUGGUGCAGUGGUUGAGAGUCUGCCUGCCGAUGCAGGGGACACGGGUUCGUGUCCCGGU